AUGAAUAACUCGCCUGCGGAUGCCCAUCAUCGACAACAAGAAGCAGUUGACUGGCCGGCGGAGGUGCAAAACAACAACAAUAACAACAACAACAACAACAACGUUGACCCACUGGUCGUCUUGGGCCGAUCCUACGACUGCGUGUUCUGCAAGCGAGGCUUCAACACGGCGCAAGCUCUGGGCGGCCACAUGAACGUUCAUCGGAAGAACAAGGACAGGCCCGCCGCCAGACAUAGUAGCGAUCAACAAAACAGCUCCUCCGGAUCCUCAACUUACCCUGCUGCGGCGGCGGCAUCACCUCUUAGAGGUAACGGCUCCCCAUCCGCGGUUUUAACUAACCGCAACCAUAAUUGUAACGAUGACCCACAACGAUACUGUCGUGAUUUCUUCGGAGAUGACGAUGAUGAUCUGGGUUGGUUGAAACUCGGGAGGGCGGCGCCGCAUGUACAACAACACAUAGAAGAGAGGGGUCAACUCCAAAAUUAUCCAGAUGAUGAGGCCAACUUGGAUCUGGAACUUCGGCUUGGACAUGACUGA